AUGCAAACUUCCAAAAUAGACAUACACCCUUUAAUACAAGAAUUAAAAAUGGUUCCUUUGGAAGAAGUUUACGUUAAAACUAUUAAUAUAGAUAAAAAUUCUACUGGUAAUCAAUCAUCUGCAAUCAAAUUGGUACAUCUAUUUGAAAGAAUAUGUUUUGCAGAAUUCAAUACUAUACGAGCUAAGCAAGAGGAAAUUGCUAGUUGGUAUUCGUAUAGAAAGUUCUUCGAAAAAAGACAUCGUGAAAUUUUACCUGAGAUUCUGAAAAAAUAUAAAAAUAUUACAAAACAAAACGCAAAUAAACUUUCAAAAUUAACUGACAUACAAAUUGAUACAAUCAUAUAUGAAGUGAGUCGUAUUACAAAAAAAUGUGGUACUAACCUCCCACUGUGUAAAAAAAUUUCACGCUCUCACAUGACCGACUUUGAAUCUUCCUAUAAUCAAGAUUCAGACAUAUCAGAAAUCCAG